AUGGAUUUUUCGAUGUUGUUGGUUACUGUAGCCACGUGGAUAUUUUCGGUUUUAAUGUGUAAAGGAGGAAAAAGUGAUGGAACAUUUAGAAGUUCGAAAAAAAGUGGAAGUGAUUCUGAUAAAUCAGAUAAGAAAAAGAAAAAAGAAGGAGAACAGGAAGAUGAGAAACCAAAAAAUGCACCAACCAAAACUGCAUUGGAAGAAAAUAGAGAUAAACCAGGAGGAGAAUCGAGAAAAUCAAGAAGAUUGAAUAAAUCGAGAAAAUCGAGGAAAUCCAAGAAAUCUCAUAGAUCAAAAAGAUCGAAGAGUGAACGAAUUGAUAGAACACAAGAAGAUGAAUCGGAUAAAAUGGCCAGAAUUGUAGAAGAUCGAACACAGAAUGAUGAAGAUGAAAAAGAAAAUGAGGAAAGAAGUGGAGUUGGGAGAAGUCGACAAUCGAAAAUCACAAAAGAAAGGAUUAAGUGAGUUUGGAAUCUCGAAGACUCUACGAAUUUUUUAAUGUUUUUUUUUCCAGAGAACAGCAAAGUAAUGAGUCUGGAAAGAAAAGAAGAUCGGAAAGAAAGAAAACUGAUGAGUAAGUUUACCGGUUAAAUGUAUGAAGCCAAAAUUUUCCAAAUAGAGAUAAAAAAAUAGUUUUAUUUCGGCUCGUGAAACUCUUUAUUUUUGAGUUUCAUAAAAUUGUCACCGAAAUUUCCAAAUUUUGAAAUAGUUCAAAAUCAGUCUUAUCCCAACCAAAAACUUUCAGCGUUUUCCCAAGAAGUCGAAGAUCUGAAAAAAGUCGACAUGGAAGCAAAAGUCGAAGAGAAGAAAAUAUGCAAUUGAGAAGUUUUCAAGAGUAAGUUCUACCAUCGCAUAUCAAAAUUUUUCGAGAAACUAUUCUUCCAGGAGAUCACAAAAAGUCGACACAGUUCCUGAACAAACUGCUGAAAAAGCUCCAAAAUCAAACCGUCCACCGGAAAGAAGUGACAGAGAUCAGAAACCGAUGUGAGUUCUUAAUGUUAUGUGAGCUUCAAAAUUUCACGUCUUACAUUUUUAGAAACACUGGUGGAUCGAUAAGAACUAAAAGAGAAAGAACAUCAAAUCCAGAGUGAGUAAAAUUCAAUUUUUUUCAAAAGUUAGUUAAUUUUUUUCCAGUAGAAGUGGUCGAGGUGAAUCGGCAAGAGGAACUCCGGAAAGAUCGGAAAAAAGUUCGAAGCCUGAGUAUGUUUUUUUUCUAAUAAUUGAAAAUUUCAAAAAUUAAUUACAUUUUUUCAGGAAGAGUCGAAAAACAAAAAGCAGUAAAAUUGAGUGAGUUUAUCUCCCAAAAAAUAUAAUUUGAAUUCCUAAUAUUAAAAUUUUUCAGACCGAUGGAGAGUAGAAAAUCGCACAAAUCAACAACGAAUGAGAAAAAAUCGAAAAAACCGAAAAAGAAAAGUAUUAAAACUGAUCCAUUGGCAUCGCCAGCUAUUGAACCGCCUGUUUUUGUAAAUCCAAAUCGAAGUGAUAUUCCGAAAGAAUCAGAAAAGAAAAAGAAAUUGAAACCAGUUAAAAAAGGCAAAAAUGGAGGAGAAAGUGCAAAAUCUGGAAAAUCUGCGAAAUCUGGAAAAUCGAAGAAUUGGGUGAAGAAAAUGUUUUCGUCGUGAGUUUUUUUCAUAGAUUGAGCACCCGAUUUUCUCAAACUAGUUAUUUUUUUUCUAUUUUAAGCCCUCAAAACUCGGACAAAAAUGCAAGUUCGAAGAAAUCCAAAAAACCGAAAAAGUCUAAAAAGAAAUCCUGA